AGGGGCGGGGGCCGGGCGGAGUCUGAAAACGGCACUUUCGGUCUUCAUAAGGGCUCGGAGGAGGGGGUGCGCUCGGCCUGCCAGUGGAAGGAGUUGCCGCGCGCGCGAGAGGGUCUGGACCCCGCAGUCUCCCGGGCGCCCGCUGGGUUGCGUCUGCGCCCCUCUUUCCCCGCUCGGCCCUGUCCCCCCGCUUGGGCUCACACCUGCUUCCCCCACCUCCACCUCAGAAGCCACGGCUCAGCCCGCCGGCAACUUGCGGUCCGUAGUCCAGUGCGGACACGAGGCGGUGAGCCGUGUCCAUCCCGGAUCCGAGGGCCUCCGCCAGAUCAAGUCCCUUAACCUCGUGCCGAGCCCGGGAAAGCGAAGAGGAAAUUUACGGACUCUAGGACCCCAAGGUACCUGCCAGGAGGGACUCCGCCAGAUCACGUCCCAUAACCUCGUGCCGAGCCCGGGAAAGCGAAGAGGAAAUUUACGGACUCUGGGACCCCAAGUGCCAGCAGAAGUUAUUGUCGUUCAUUUGUUGACACAGAUAUUACAGCAGGUCUGAUUCUGGUGCACAUCAUGUCCAGUUUUGAAGAUGCUGACACAGAAGAGACAUUAACUUGUCUCCAGAUGACUGUUUACCAUCCAGGCCACCAGCAAAAUGGAAUAUUCCAAUCAAGAAGGUUUUUUAGCCGAGAGAAACUCCCUUCCAGCGAAGUGGUAAAAUUUGGCCGAAAUUCCAUCUGUCAGUAUACCUUUCAGGACAAACAUGCUUCUCGAGUUCAGUUUUCUCUGCACCUAUUUAAAAAGUUUGAUAGCUCAGUUCUCUCUUUUGAGAUUAAAAAUAUGAGUAAGAAGACCAGUCUGAUUGUGGACAACCAGGAAUUGGGCUACCUAAAUAAAAUGGACCUGCCCCCUAAGUGCAUGGUUAGGUUUGGUGACUAUCAGUUCCUGAUAGAGAAGGAAGAUGGAGAGUCAUUAGAAUUCUUUGAGAUUCAGUUUAUUUUAUCUACAAGAUCGCUCUUGCAAGAAAACAACUGGCUACCACAGAAGCCCAUACCUGAGUGUGGCAACUAUUUAUCCUGUUCCACCCAAGGCAAUUCUCCUAUAGAAAUGGGUGAAAAUGAAUGGUGACCACAGAGGGCUAAGAGAAUCAUGAAGGACCAACUCUGUAGACACUCUACAGACAAUCCACUUAUUAAAAGAGUUUCUGAGUGCGGUAUAUUACUGUCAUUUGCUGUGUUGCCAACUUUGAGAUCUGGUGUUAUGUGAAGUCUGUAAAUUGCGUUAGUCAUUGAUUUAGUCACCUGCUGCAUUGCUGGAUAUAUGAAGAAAUUACUAUAAUUGUGUAUCUGUGAGCAUUAAUGUAUGAAAAGCAACCUUCAUGAUGAAGGAAUAGUGUUCUCAAAAUAAGGUUAUUUUCUUUUUAUGCCCAAUUUUGGUCCCAUGUUUUAUACUGCUUCACUUUGAUUUAUAAGUUACCAUCUCUUGGUUUGGUCAUAUUAUUUCACAGCAGCCAUUUGUUCCUAGGUCAAGGUUACAAGCAUGUUAUUACAGGUGAGGUAACUUGUUGUUACUUGUCAUACCAGAGUACUGGAACAAAAAGCAUAAUGUGUUUUGGUGUCUGUGUGUCAUUGUGGUUUUAUAGUAAGACUUCUUUGUGCAAUAAUACCUUAAUUUUUGUUUUUUUCUCUAUAGAAUUAGUGUUUAUUCCCAAGAAUAGUUUUCCUUUUCUAUAUUCAGCAUCUAAAACCAAUACUUUAAACAUUGUUAAUAAACUAUGAUGUUAAAUUUAAAAUUUUCAUAUUUCUUACCAGUUUUUUAUUGUACUACAUAUUUUUAAAUUCCAUGAAUUCAAAUUUGAAUAGAUCCAUGUACACAAUAGAGUCAAAGUUUAAUUCUCUAACCAUUUUCUCUGAAACUCUUUCAGAGGUUGUGGCUGGAUUCAGAAACAUCCACUGAUGCCCUUGAGACACAUUCUUCAUUUGUUCUUCACUCCACAUGGUGGCAUAAGUUGUACAUGUUAUUGAUCAGCCAAAGAAAACCUUAUUUCUCAAUUCCAGUGCAAGGGGAGGCUCAGCUUGAGUCAGGUGCCCACCCUUCCCCCAGUCAGCUCUCCGCAAUGAAUGUUAAAUGAUGGCUGCUGAACUCGGUGACCCUGUGGAUAGGAUAAAGCAUUUUCUCAAAAGAAUGGCCACAGUGGAGUGGGACUGAGGGCAAACAAAACAUUGGUGUUUGAUACAAAGCACCACGGCUGAGUUGUGAACCUUUCAAUUCACCUCUUUCGGACUCAUCUGUGCCAUGAAAUUGAUUUGGGGUGGAGGUGGGGCUCUUUAAGUAGAUGCAUGUAUUAAUUGGUGCUAGUGUUAGUCAUAGUUUUUCUCUCUCUAGCUCUCUCACUUUUUUUUUUUUUUUUUUUUUUUACGCCACACUUGUGGCCAGAGGAAGUUCCUGGGCCAGGGAUUAAUCCCUGCUGCACAGCAGCGACCGGAGCCAUUGCAGUGACAACACUGGAUCCUUAACCUGCUCUGCCACAAGAUAACUCCCUAGUCAGUCUCUUCUUGACCCUGCGACCUGGUGACAAGGGGGUGCUUUCCAAUGGUGGAAUCUCAUAUGCCAUAUGACCAUAUCCUAGGAGAUUGUGUCCCUACUAUCUACUGCACUGACUUAGCUAAAGAAGCAUUACUUUUAGGCACUAACAUGAGGGUAGUAUUUGUUUUAAUAUGCUUUGAAGAAAGAUUGGCUAUAAUCUUACUACCAGGAGAUAACAAUUAUUAAUAUUUUUUGUGUUAUGUAUUUGGUAGCUGCUUCCAUGUUAUCUCAUGGCUCUUUUUACUUUUUCAGUUCUGACACUUAUUUCCUUAUAAUGACUGUUAUCCAAGCAACCAUUUUCAAGUGUAGUUUCAACCUGCUUUACUAAUUCUGUUCUUUUUGUCUUCACAGCAGAUUUUAAAAAAUAAUCAUUUUAUAAGUCAGGAGUCAAAAUUAUUGCAUGUUUGUGGAAUAAAACUAGUAACAAAUAACUUACUAUUUUUAAAUGUAAAAAUGUGUUUAUUCACAAUCUUUGAGAACCAUUCCUUCAAAAAGUUCUUUAUGAACAAAAUGCCAAGAAAAAUUACAAUAGUAGCUUAUGCCAAACCAAAAAUAUACAUCUGAUGUAUAUAAACUUUAAAAAGCAUAACACAGGCAAUGUGAAUAUAGAUUCUUUAAAAUAUUUCCAAUGACAUAGCUACAACUUAAAUUAAGAUAGACAUAAAUAACAGCGUUACCUAAUAUAUUUACAUAUUUAAAGUGUCAUUUAUUUCUAUCAGAUAAAAAAGGAGACAAAACUACAGAUGUCAUUGCCUAGCAAUUCAAAUAUUGAAAGGGCCACAUGAUUUUUUUUUUUUAAAGUACAGCAAAAACUUUAACUUACUAUUUAUAUCUGGACCUUCCUAUAUUUUUGAGAACAUGCACUAGAAAAAGAAAAACACUAAGGAAAAAUGGAAAAAGUUUGCUUGCUAAAAUCAUAUUCAAUCCUCAGCAAAAUCAAGACAAGCAAUUAGGGAGUGUCUUAUAUCCUUGGCCUUUUAGGUUGAUACAUAAACUUUAGAGGAAAGAUAAUUGUGUAUCAUAAAAUGCAAUUACAUAUAUUGAGUUACUUAAUUAUAUCCCAUUAAAGUACCUCGUUUUACAAGGCAAAGGAAAGCUUAAUAAAAUCAAUGGAUCCUUUCAUACCAGAAUGGAUUUUAUUUUUAUAUACUUUAAAAUACCCGUAUUACAUAUUUUAGGUUUUCCUUCCUUAAUAAAUCGUGCACAGAGCAUAUGUUCUGUGUGAAAUCUUUCCAAGGCCAUUCAUUGGAAAUAUAGAAUUUUUAAAAAUGACACCUAGAAAUUUAACAUAUCAGUUAACUUAAAGUCCAUAUUCAUUUAUAAUGGCAUGUAAAAGGAUGUGAAAAACCUAAGUAUAUAUAUUUUCUUAAAUAUUAAACUUCUGGUUACCAACUUUAAGAGUCCAAACUUUGAAAGCUUAUUUUAACAUAACAUACCCUUUUUCAGAGUCAGCAUUAUUAUACCAGGAUAUGCAGUAAGUGUAGAAAGAAACUGGUAUUGCAGCUUUCCUUAGGAUCAUCUACUCAAAUUAAUUGUGCUUACUAUUAGAUAAUAAAAUUUAAAUAAGUCAUAGGAAUAAAUAAUGCUGGAAAAGGGAACACUGUGCUAAAUUUGAAUCUGGCAGUCCUUCUUCAUGCUCCCUUCACAUCUGCUGAGAAGUAACACAAAAUGCCUUGGUAUUUCCACAGCUACUGAAAGAGGGCUAAGAAAGCAUUCAAAGUGAAAUAAAACUAUUUUAAAAAGUGAAAAUCUACAAAUAGUAAAUAGUGCUAUAAAGAAAAGAGUGUAAUAACAUGACAGAAACAUUGUUUUUGAAAAGCAGAAGGCAGAUGAUGAAAUUGCACUUAAUUCUGAAGCAAUUCAGAUACAGCCUAUCAUUUCUAUUCCUUUCUAAGAAGCAUUUACAACACGGUUUCUUACCUCCCCCCUUACAAAAAGGCUCAGCACAACUAUUUAUACAUUCUAGUUGGUUUUUAACAUUUGGUGAUAACUGAUAAACAAGUUCGUACAAUUUUACCCUAUCGUUUUUGUUGAUCUGUGUCAUAUUGCUUUAGGCCAGAAUCAGACAGUUCUAACACAGGAUUUACAAAUCCCGAAUACUCGGAAUUGCCAUUAUCAUCCAUUUCGGCACUAACAAAGUCAUUUUCCCACUCCAGCCCAUUGGAAUCAUCAGAGGCUGACGUAGGAUUACUUCCAGUCUUCUUGCUGCUGUACUUAAGUGCUGCCCGGAGAAUGUCUUCCUCUGUUUUGGACCGUUCUCUCAUGGGUAGCAUUCUAUUCAUUCCUAUUAUUUGGGCAGAAUCAUUAGAAAUCUCAGUGAAGAUUAAAAAACUAUGUUAAAAAGACUUAAAUAUCAGACUUGACUUGUGAAUUAACUUUGAGCCAGUCCUAUGUAGGUCUUUUUAAGGGAAAUGUAAGGACCUAAUCUGAGAGUGAAUAUUACUCACCAAAGGACAGUUUUGAUGCAACACUGAUCAUCUAAUAAGGUGAAAUUUCUAAAGAGCCAUAAAUAAAGCAGAAUGGAUGGCAGACUUCAACUGCUAGUAGUCUUCUAUGGCCAAAUCAGAGUGUCUGCCAAAGUCCUUUCUACCUAGAUGACAACUUCAUUUCCCAGAGAUAAUACCUCUAAUGACAACAAUACAAUAUAUGUAUUUCUAGCACUUACUAGGUUCUAGUUAACACUGUUUGCACUUGACAGAUAUUAACUGAUAUGAUGCUCAACAGCUCUAUGAAAUUAUAGGACUAAAGAUAUAGUAAAGUACUACCACUAUCCCCCAUCCUGCAGUUGAGGAAACAAGAGCAGAAAGAGGAAGAAAUCUGCCCAAGGUCACACAGCUCUAGCUAACAUAACAGAGUAGAGACAGAGAUGUUUCUAGGGAAAACUGUUCUAGAUCUAAUAAAAGAAGUUAGUAAAGUGAAAGUGUCAAAAACCUUGGAAGAAAAAGACUUCAUUUUGGCAGGAGGGAGGAUAGAAAAGAAAUGUGAAUUUGCAAGUGCAGAAUCAACACUAGUAACAAUUAAAAUCUAGGAAAAGAGAUUAUAAGAGAAUAUCCCUACACACACUGAAUAAUUUUGUUUUCUGAGCUUAAAGAAUCAGAUCCUACAAUAAUAAUGGAAAGUUAAAUCUAUCACUGUUGUCUAUUACUCCCCCAAAAUUGCAAACUCAAUCUAGCAAAGCAAGUCAUCCUUAUACAUGCAAUAAAAAUAUGAGCUGGAUACUGAUACAGUUUUAUGGAUCUGUAUUUAAUUGAAUAAAACACUGUAAAGGAAGCUGGAUUGUACAUUACAUGGUUUCUAAUGGGCUCUGUCCUCUACUGAGUCUAGUUUAAAAAUUCUGUUAUAAUGACCUGAAUAAUAACCUAAAAAGUCAUGUUAGGUACAAAUCUGAUUAACGUACAGCAAGGAUGACCGAAUCAGAAAUUAAAAGACCUAAAAAGCUUUAGAUCAAAUUGAACCAGAUGCUAAAAUAAAAAUAAAUUUUAAAAUCUGCUGAUUGGGCUCAAAACAAUAACAAAACUAUAGAAUUGGGGAACAGUGUUUAGCCAAGAAGACUUAAGUAAAUUAAUGCAACUUUGGUCAAGUUAUUCAAGUCCUCUGUGUAUUAGUUUCUUUGUUGAUAAAACAAAUGGCUUAACUAAAGGAUAUGUAAGGCCUAUUCCAUCACAAAAUUCUAUGAAAUAUUUAAUGCUUACUAUUUUUCUUAAAGUCCUAUAUUCUAUAAUCAGUUCUUCCCUUUUAGAUUACUUAGUUCUUAAAACGAAAAUAAAGACUUGGGCCUUAUUCAAUGAAAAAGCCUUAAAAAAAAAUCCAUAUUUAAGCCAAAAUUUGAGUACAUGCCAUGGGUGCCACACUGUUGUACUGGGUAUUUUUAUAUAAAUUUUACUUAAUCCCCAUAAUAUUUAAAAUCUCACUUGUUUCAAAUAUUUAUUGACUGCCUAUUACAUGCCAAGAAGCAUUUUUAGAUCCCCAGUAUAUAACAGUGACUCUUUAAAGUAAGUUUAUAGUCCCUUUUUAUGAUGAACAAACUGCAGCUUAGAGAGAUUAAGAAACCUAUCUAAAGUACUAUAGCUAGAAAAACAUACCAGCUAAAAUCAAACUCAUGUCUGUAAUGGUUUUUGUAUUACCAAAAAAACUAACAAAUCACUUAUUUAUUAUGAACCUUUAUAUAUGAACCAAAAGUUAAUUAAAUUUUGAAGUUAGGUUGCCCACAAGGGGGCAGUAAUUCUUCUUGAGUAAAAUGGGUUGGAUUACAAAAAUCUCAAAAUGAUAAAUAACAUUUUUUUCUAAAUCUCAAGAAACAUUAAGAAUUAAGCAACUUUCUAAACAAUUUAUCAACAAAUAGAAAUCACUAAUACAGUAAGAGUCUAAGAAAUUUUUUACACUGAUUUUUCAAGGUCUUGCAUUCAUGUCAGUUCAAAUAAGGUAAAAUAUAAGGUAGAUUUCUAUAAAUUAACAUAAAUUAAAAUAAAAAUUUUGGGGUAAAACUGUGAAUAUAAAAUACCUUCUUCAUCUUCCCAUUCUAGAUCUAAAGAUGUACUGUCAUCAUUUCCACUAGUUGAUUUAGUUUUGGUCAUUAAAUCACAACUGCUUUCUGUAUUUGGUGUCAAAACUGUGGCAUCUGAUGAGAGUCCUAGAAUGCACAUCAAAUACAAUUAAAUGUGGUCAUCUAUACUCCUUAACUACAACCAUUUAUUUUGAAAUAAUUAUCUCCUUUCAAAUAGUCCUACUCCUUUUACCAUCAUAAGAAACAAUUUUGAUAUCAUUAUAUCAGCAUGUUUCUGUUACAAACAGUAUAAAGGGCUUUUUCUCCUUUCUUGGUACUUUUUUUCUCAAAUUUAAAUUAAUUAUGAACUCUUCAAAUAUGAUGAACUCUAAGUAAUAUUUUAACAGUUAAUUACAAAAAGAGGCAAAAACAAAUAAAAAAAUGAUAAAUGAAAAGCAGUCUAUAUUUUCAAAAGGAACCACUAUUAUGUUCACAUUCCUGGGGAGCAUAGGAGUUCUGACUUUUGAAACUUGGGGAAACAAUUUUAAUUUUAUAAAUCAAUUUGUAAUAAGUAAGAUAAGUACACUUUCCUGUACUUACCCCACUCUUCUGGGAGGAGAAGAGGUAAGAUCAGAGUAGAAAUGGAAAAAGGAAUGCUUGACUCCCUAUACAGAACUAUAGAAACAGCCUGAGAUUUUUCUUUGCUCUCUUUUUAAAAGAAGGAAAGUGAGGAGUUCCCUGGUGGCUCAGCAGGUUAAGGAUCUGGUGUUGCCACUGCUGCCACUCAGGUCACCAUGUGGCGUGGGUUUGAUCCCCACCCUGGGAACCUCUGCUGCCAUGGGCAUGGCCAAAAAUAAAAAAUAAAAAAAGGAAAGAGAAAAUUGUACAAUUAAGGACAAGUUAACUGACCUAUCUGGGCAACACAAACUGAAGAGUGAAGUUCUAGAAAACCAGAGCGAGGAUCUCUAUCUGUUUAAUGUGGCAUAAAGUAACCUUAAAAUAUAUGCAGAUAUUUUAAGAGACUUACUACUACUUCGGAAAACUUCAUAUUGUGACUUUAUAUUUCUCAAACAAGAUUCAAAGUCAUCUUCUGGUCCUGAACUGUAAUAAAAGUGAAUUUUAAAAAAUAUAUUCAUAAUAGAUACAACAUAAUGCAUGCUUAAGUUAAUAGUGGCACUUUGAAGAUCUAUCCCACACCAAUUCAUAAUUACUGUAAAAUUAAAAUAACCUAAUCAAACAGGUCUUAAUCUUCUCAAUGCCAGCAAUAAACUGAAAAUUAAGAUUUUGGUUAAUGUGGAAGUCAAAAUUCAAAGCUUAGCCCAAAGUCUAACUUUAUAAUUUCUAAUAAUGAAGUAUGAACACGGUUCUCUGAAUGAGUAGAAAACACUCUUGGAAAUGUGACACUGAAAUGUGUCUUUUAAAAAAUGAUCACACAUAAACUCUAUUUUAAGAAAAGAAAGGGGCUAAGGAAAACUUAAAACAACCAAGGCAUAUACAAUUUAUCCAAAGGCAUGUGGUGUGCUAUUUCAUAUUCUAUGUUAAAGAUGUGACCACUCUUAAGAAUGCAAUAAAGUCAAUUUAAAUACAUGGUCAGUUUCCAACAUAAAGAAAGCAAAUGUUCUUAGUGUUCUUACAAGACAGUGUCUUCAAGAAGCAAUAAUUUUUGGAGUUCCUGUUGUGGCUCAGUGGAAAUGAACCCAACUAGUAUCCAUGAAGAUGUGGAUUUGAUCCCUGGCCUUGCUCAGUGGGUUACGGUUCUGGCAUUGCUGCGAGCUGUUGGUGUAGGUCGUUGGGGACCCUGCUUGGAUCUGGCAUUGCUGUGGCUGUGGCAUAGGCCAGCAGCUGCAACUCCGAUUCAGCCCCUAGACUGGGAGCAUCCAUAUGCCACAGGGGUAACCACAAAAAGCUAAAUUAAAAAUAAAUAAAUAAAAGAAGCAAUAAUUUUUUUACAGAAUACACACACAUGAACAUGUAUACAAACUUUUGGAGGUGAACUGUGUUCUCUUCGGAAAUGACACUUCUACCACAAAGGGAAGAAGUAUGUUUCACUAUUUACCUUUGAUAUUCUCCAUUGUUUGAAGGAUGGUAUCGCUGCACAACUCUCUGUCUUUCUUGCUUUGGAAACAUAAUGCAAUACAAAAUCACUCUGUUAUAAAAUUAUACUUUUAAAAACCAUUCAUACAAUACCAAAAAGUCUUUUUUUCCUAGUAUUUUUUUGGGGAAAAAAACCCACAAAAAGUUAUUCUAUUGAUGUCUUUUUCUUUAAACUCACCAUUGUUCACAUUUAUAUCCUGUUAUUUAUGGGUAGAAUUUUUCUCAUUUUUUUUCAGUAUAUAAUCCUUAAGUGGUUAAAAUAUUCAGCGUUAUUAAAAAUAGCUUUUAAAAUAUAUACGGUGUUAUUUCCUUAUUACACCUAAGAACUUCUAAUAACUGGACAGAUGCGGGUCAAGGAAGGAAUGGUUAAAACUGUAUAUGCAGUUCUUUUCUGGGUGAAAUAAAUAGUAAUAAAACAGAAGAUCUAAAAGACCUGGCUGAGUUGACUUAGAAAUAAUUAAAACAAAGGAUUCAGAAGACUUAUUAGAGUUGUAGCUCUGACAGUUAUUAGCUGUGUCCCCCUCAGAUCCUUUACUUUCUAUUUCUUCCUGUGUAAAUUACAGAUGGCUGUAAUAUUGCCCUAGCAAACACAUAGGCCUACUGUGAAAAUCAAAUGAAUUUGCAUGUAUCUGUGCAUCUUUGUGUGUUAGUAUAUGUUGUAUAGACUGCUCUCUGUUCCUGUAUCAGUAUUUAGUCAGGAAUGAAAAAACUCAAAUAGAGUACGCAUAUGGAAUGUUUUUAGUCUUUAAAAGGCAAGCACUAGAGAAUUUACUAUAGUGAAAAGAGUUGUCUAAAUUAUAACCAGAAAAAUUUUAUUUUUCAGUAGGUGAGUUAACUUUUAUAUCUCCCCACUCCUUAGACCUUACUAAAAAAUACUUUUUUACUGAAAGAUUUAAUUCACAUCUUUCUUAAAUAUGGCAAUAGUUUUUUUUUUGUUUGUUUUGAACAUAAUACAACUGUAGGUUUAGUAGGAGAAAAAAUUUAGUAGAAAAAAAUCAAUUUCGUAAGGCUGAUCAUCUCAUAGAUAAAAUGAAAGUUAGAUUGCAUGUAGACGACAGACUUGAGUAUUUCACAGAUAUGAGUAGACUGAUACACAUUACCUUUCUGAGCCUUGCCAAAUGAAUUCACAUAUGAUUUCCAUUUAUAAUUUUGAAAUAUGCUAAGAUAAAUACUGAAAUAAAAUUGCUAGUGUCUAAAAAAUUAAUUAAAAAGAUACUUCGUAUAAUCUAAUCUGCUGAAACACCAAAAAAAAAAAAAAAAAGCAAGAGAUAUACAG